AUGUCGAGCCAAGAUCAAGCAUCCUCCUCCAACGACGGAGAUACUGGUGCGCGGGGUGCACCGGCCGACAUUCCUGAAAAGAAACGGAGACGUCCUCCGCUUGCCUGUGAGCAGUGCAGAAGGCGAAAGAUAAAGUGCGACAGGAAUUCACCGUGUGGACACUGUACCCGGGCAAGAAUUCCCAACUGCACGUACGCUCCCAUCUACAUCCCAGAGUCCAAGGCGGGGAGGAAAACAUCCUCUAAGCUGCCGAGUACCAGGGCUGGUGGUGCAGCACAGAGGCCGGUGCUGCCAGCUCCAUCUCCAGACGCAAAACCCACGACAGGAGAAGGGCGCGAAGUUGUAACCGAGUCUCUUGGCCCGUCCAAGGCCUCAUCCAGCGGUCCGAGUUCCAAUGUCGGCUCAGCUUCUGACUCGUCCAACGUCGAUUGGUUGAUUGCCAGAGUCCAUGAACUCGAAGACAAGCUUGCCAAUGUCGUUCACAUCACCGAGCCCAGGGGCAAUUCCUUCGUCUCAGGAAAAGAGGACUCGGUGGCUCCCCUUGCUGGAGUCAUCUCCAAAACAAGAUACUUCGGAAACAGCCACUGGAUAACUGUUACUGAUUUGCUCCCAACAGAAUUCGCCAUACUCGGGCGUGCUGAAGCAGACAAGGCUGAUGUAUACCACACGCUAGUUAAAUGCAAAACCCUAGGUCGCAAAAUUAAGAAGAAUCGCCAGCGGCCUCUGUCUUCUGAGAAACUUGGGGAUACAAUUCCGCUGAAAGAACUCGCCGAUCAACUGAUAGAGAAUUACCUGCGCACUUUUGAAGGUGUCUUGCGCAUUCUUCAUGUGCCAACCUUCCGCCUCGAAUAUGAGAAAUAUUGGCAGAACCCUGGUGCCGCCAAUAUGUGUUUCGUGAUGCAAAUGCAACUCUGUUUGGCUCUCGGUGCCACUAUAUACGAUGAAAUAUUUUCCAUGAGGGCCAUGGCGAUGCAUUGGGUCUACGAGGCCCAGCUAUGGCUGAUGCUCCCGGCGGAGAAGAGCAAAAUGACGAUUCCCGGUAUACAAAACCUAUGUCUCUUAGUACUGGCCAAGUCCUGCUGUGGCGUCGGCCAGGACCUCACUUGGAUAACGAUGGGCAGUCUUGUAAGAAUGGCCAUGUACAUGGGUCUUCAUCGAGACCCAAAACAUCUGGGGAAGAUGACUGUUUACAGAGCCGAGAUUCGCCGGCGCCUAUGGGCCACGGUUUUGGAGCUGAACUUGCAGUGUGCGUUCGAGGCUGGCGGUUCUCCGUUGCUUCAUACCACAGACUAUGAUACUGAACCCCCUGCCAACUUUAACGAUGACCAGCUGGUCGAUGAAAACGAUGGCGAGAUACCUGUAGGACCAUCGUCUGACACACCGACCGAGACAUCUGUCCAGCUUGCCAUCCUCAAGUCGCUCCCGCUGCGGCUCAAUCUUCUCAGGCUUGUCAACGACUUUCGCGCAUCACGCCCAUAUGAUGAAAUACUGCGAUUAAACUCGGAGCUGACAAAGGCCUGCCGAGAGCUGUCACACAAGCUAUCCUGUCUGCAGACGAAAGAUGCCGGCUCAAGAGGUUCGACAAUCAACUACUUCCACGUCUCGGUGGCGGAACUCUUCCUGUAUCGGUUUUUCCACGCGCUUCAUCUAACCGCCAUCGCAAAGUCCUUCAACGAUCAUAGAUUUUAUUUUUCCCGAAGAAUGUGCCUGGACAGCGCACUCAAACUUCUCAGCCUCUGGGGUUUGUCGGGCAAGCCGUUGAACACACAGGCCGAGGGUCAAAUGGACUUUGUGCGAAUCGUGGACAAUGCCUCUGGGCUUUUCCGUUACAUCAAUGUGCAGUCGUUAUUCUUCGUCGCUGUAGAGCUCAUUCAUCAGAAACAGGGCCAUUCGGUCAGCCUCGGGUAUAUUCCUUCCAUUGGCGACUCCGACCUGCGAGCCUGUUUGGAGUCUGCAAAGUCCUGGUCUUUGGAGCGGGUUCGGGCGGGGGAGACCAACGGCAAGGGCCACUGCUUUCUAGCAGCGUGCCUGGGCCAUAUUGAUGCUCUCACCUCAGGCCUGUCUCAGGAAGAGGUGGACACGGCGAUUCUGCGAGGGGCGACGGAAUCAGCAAACAGCUGCUUGGUAGCUCUCACCGAGGUGGCCAAGAGAGAGGGAGUGCCGUCCGAGGAGUCGACGCCCGAACCGACGGACAUGGAUGGCGUCACCAACAUGCCACUCGAGUGGAUGGGUGAUUGGGCGUGGGAUGACAUGAGCGGCAUAUCAUGGGAACCAUGGUCCCAGAACACGUUCGGCGGCGGGAUGGAGCAGAGUCUUCCUGGGCACUUUUAG